GGCCAUACAAAUCGAUGGUGCUAGAUUCGUGCUAGACCCCGGUUGUGCUUAGCUGCAAAAAACCGAAUUAUCAACGAGAUGUCGCUCCUCCACGAAAAACAAGUCCGUGUUCUGAAGCUGUUUGAACGACUUAAUGUUGCAGCUACAGGUGAAAAUAUCCCAACUGAUCAAAUUGAUCCUCGUCUUGUAGGCAAAGUAGGACAAUUGGCUAGCAAUGCUUUCUUCUCCUGUUUCUUGCCUGAACAUUUGGAAGAAGCACGAAGGCUCGUUGAAAUUUUCUACAGUGCAAAAGACUUUGAUGAUUUCGUUCUGUUGGCUGAACAAGCCCGUACAUUUGUAAACUCAACUUUGUUUGCAUAUGCUGCUGAGGUAGCCAUCUUGCACCGACUUGAUAGUAGAGGAGUCAUUGUUCCACCCAUUCAGGAAGUAUUCGCCGAUAGGUUUGUACCAGCUGAUACUCUCCUCAGAGCAUUCUCCAUUGCUACAACCAAGCCAGUUGGAGAUGAGAGUGACGUCAUCGUUGAUGUUCAUGCAACCGGUAACGUUUUGGAUCCAGAAUACAAGCUUGCAUAUUACAGAGAAGAUAUUGGAGUCAAUGCUCACCAUUGGCAUUGGCACGUUGUUUAUCCAUCCGUCUAUGAUGUCAAAUUCUUUGGAAAACCAAAAGACAGAAAAGGAGAACUUUUCUACUACAUGCAUCAACAAAUGUGUGCCAGGUACGAUUGCGAACGUUUCUCUAACGGUCUGAACCGAAUGGUACCCUUCCAUAACUUUGAAGAACCCCUCGAAGGUUAUGCUGCCCAUCUUACCCAUAUUGCCAGUGGACGUCACUAUGCUCCACGUCCAAGUGGUUUGGCCAUGCACGACAUGAGACAAGUAGAUGUCCAGGACAUGCAGAGAUGGACCGAACGUAUUUUGGAAGCCAUCCAUCUUGGAAAGGUAAUUGAUGCUGAGGGAAAUGAUAUCGCUCUUGAUGAGGAACAUGGUGCAGACAUCAUUGGCUCUUUAAUUGAGUCUAGCUACGACUCCAAGAACAGGCACUUCUAUGGCAACUUGCACAACUGGGGACACGUCAUGAUGGCUUACAUCCAUGAUCCUGAUGGUCGAUUCAGGGAAACACCAGGUGUCAUGAAUGACACAGCUACCAGCUUGAGAGAUCCUAUUUUCUACCGAUUCCACAGAUUCAUUGACAAUGUCUUCCAAGAAUACAAGAAAACUUUGCCUGUUUAUGACAAGGAUAACCUGAACUUCCCAGACGUCUCCGUCACUGAUGUCACUGUUAAUGCUAAGAUCCAGAAUGUUAUCCACACUUUCAUGAGAGAAGAUGAGUUGGAACUUUCUCACUGCUUCCAAUUUGGAACACCAGCUUCAGUCAGAGCAAGGUACCACCAUCUUGACCACGAAUCUUUCUCUUACAUUAUCUCUGCUAACAAUGCCAGCAAUGCUGAAAAAUCUGCAACUGUAAGGAUUUUCCUUGCUCCAGAAUACGAUGAACUUGGCAACGUCAUCCCAUUGGACGAUCAAAGGAGAUUGUUCAUCGAAAUGGACAAAUUCCACACUGAAUUGCGACCAGGAAAGAACACAAUUGUAAGGAGCUCAACCGACUCUAGCGUGACUAUCUCAUCAACCUACACCUUCAAAGAGCUUUUGCACGGAGAAGAUUUGCAAGAAAAUCGUACUGAAUUCUGCAGCUGUGGAUGGCCCCAACAUUUGUUGGUACCCAAGGGUAACGACAAGGGCAUGGUUUUCGAUCUCUUUGUUAUGAUUUCUGAUGGAGAAAAGGAUAAGGUCGCUGCAACCAGCACUGAAAAACUCUGCAAUGAUGCCCUGAGUUAUUGCGGUGUUAUGGAUGAGAAAUAUCCAGACAAACGAGCAAUGGGAUAUCCAUUCGACAGAACCAUCACUGCUGAAACCCAUGCUGAAUUCCUUCAACCUAACAUGAAACUCACUCACAUCACAGUUCGAUUCCAGGAUUAAACAUACAAUAAAAACUGUCUUCUCCUGCAUAAUUUAAGCAAUAUUUUAAGCAUUGGACUUGUAAUUUAACCAAUAAGGCGAUGAAAAGAAAAUGAGAAAUUGUAAUUUACGAAUUGUAACUAAUUAUCUUGAAAACAUUAAAGUUCGAAACCCAUAAAAAA